AUGGACGACCAUAACAAAAACAAAACUACCAUCUGUAGGAGCGGGCGCGACGUGGUAGGGGACCAGGACGCGCGCGAUGUUCGACUACAGCUCUACAUCUCCUUGACACUCGGCGUGGGAGCAUUUCUACUCUUCUGUUUCCUGCGACCACGGUGGAAAGGCUUGUACGCUGCACGCAAGAAGCAAAACAACCUUGCGACUGCGCUUCCUGCGCUUCCGGAUACCUUCUUCGGCUGGAUAGUACCCCUGUGGAAGAUCACAGAUGAGCAGGUGCUAGCCUCGGCUGGUCUAGAUGCCUAUGUGUAUCUCGCAUUCUUCAAACUCGCAAUCAAAUUCCUCCUCGUCACGCUGUUCUUCGCACUCGCCGUAAUCAAACCGGUUCACGAUACCCAUCCGGAGGGGAAAAAACCGCCCUCUGGUGGCGAUGGCGACAAGAAGGGCGAACACCUUGAGAUGCGCUCAGACACAUUGUGGACAUCCUGGGCCGAGUACGACUAUUACAACUACACAGACUACCUCUGGAUGUACCUCGUGUUUGUCUACCUCUUCACAGCGCUCAUCCUAUACCUGAUUGUUUCGGAGACCAGACGGAUCAUCGACAUAAGACAAGCGUACCUGGGCAGUCAAACAACCAUCACCGAUCGGACGAUUAGACUAUCCGGAAUCCCGUUGGAUCUGCGCUCCGAGGAUAAAAUAAAGCAAUUCAUAGAAGACCUCCAAAUCGGCAGGGUUGAAAGUGUGACGCUUUGUAGGAAUUGGAAAGAGUUGGACGAUAAGAUGAUCAGGCGACAGACUAUACUGCGAAAGCUUGAAGAAGCCUGGACGGUCCAUUUGGGAAGCAGGAGGGUUGAACGCAGCUUGGAAACCCUGCCUGUGGUUCAGCCUCAUCCCCCGCAGGCCAGUGCGGACGACCGGGAAGACAGUCGACUUCUCAACGGCACUGAUAGAGAUCCUGAUGACGUUGUUCCAUAUGCACGCCAGCGACCAAAAGCGAAAAUCUGGCACGGUCCCCUUAGGCUGCGUUACAAGACCGUCGAUGCCAUCGACUACUACGAAGAGAAGCUUCGCAGACUGGAUGACCAAAUCCAGGCGCUGCGCAAGGAAGAGUUUGAACCAGUGCCGCUGGCUUUCGUGACGAUGGACAGUGUGGCAAGUGCACAGAUGGCCAUACAAGCUGUCUUGGACCCGUCGCCCCUUCAGCUUCUUGCGAACAACAGCCCCGCUCCAUCUGAUGUUGUUUGGCCCAACACCUAUCUCUCACGGAGUCAACGCAUAUUCAGGUCUUGGACCAUCACGUUCUUCAUUGGAGUAUUGACCAUCUUCUGGGCUCUCAUCCUUGUCCCGAUCGCUGGCGCAUUGAACACCUGCGCUAUCGAGGAAGUCUUCCCGCGGCUGGCAUACGCCCUCACGCAGCACCCACUCUUGGAACAGCUGGUGAACUCGUUCUUGCCGACUCUAUCAGUGACGUUGCUCAACGUACUCGUGCCAUUCCUCUAUGAUUGGUUGGCGAACAAGCAAGGCAUGAUCUCGCAAGGUGACGUCGAGCUGUCUGUCAUAUCAAAGAACUUCUUCUUCACGUUCUUCAACUUCUUUAUCUGGUUCACGAUUCUCGGAACUGCAUCCAACUUUGUGGACUUGUUGAGCAAGGUCUCGGAGAGACUGACGAGCGCUACGGAGAUUGCUUUCGCACUGGCUAGAUCUCUGUCGGCUCUAAUCGGCUUCUACACCAACUUUAUCAUCUUGCAAGCCUUCGGUUUGUUCCCGUUCCGCCUGUUAGAGUUUGGCGCCCUCUCAUUGUAUCCCAUCUACUUGAUCGGAGCGAAGACACCCCGAGACUACGCAGAACUCGUACAGCCUCCCGUCUUCAGCUAUGGUUUCUUCCUGCCUCAGACUAUACUUAUAUUCAUCAUCUGUCUUGUCUACAGUGUCUUGAGAGAUUCUUGGCAGGUCCUUCUGAUCGGUCUUGCAUACUUCAUCAUUGGUCAAUUCGUCCACAAAUACCAACUGCUCUACGCAAUGGAGCAUCGCCAGCAUUCGACGGGCAGAGGCUGGACAAUGAUGUGCGACCGUGUCAUCAUUGGAGUAGUAUUCUUCCAAGCAACAGUCGCUGGACAGCUGGCUUUGAAAAAAGCAUUCAAACGCGCUGUCAUGGUUGCACCACUGGCGAUUGCAACUGUCUGGUUCUUGUUCAUCUACGCACGAACAUAUCGACCUCUGAUGAAAUUCAUUGCUCUCCGGAGUCUGCACGAUCCCGAGCGAUCAAACUUAGGACGCGACGUUCAAGAGGACGCUGUUCACGCCCAACGCGAUGGGCAAACUCGACAAGUAGGCCGGCUCACAUUGGAUGAAGCCAGAGAGCGUGGCCUGAAGUUCGAGAUUCCAAGUCUUGUUAUGCCUUUGAACGAAGCUUGGCUUACGAACAAGAACGCAAGAUCCACAAAUACGUCCGAUGGAUCCACUCCGCACAGCAGCAAUGGUGGUACUUGA